UUACCUUUCCGCUCCGAAGUACGCAUUUUGGCUAGAUCCGUAAGUUUUACGCAAAAUCUCAUAAAGAUACAUAUAUGUAAUGUUCUGUUACAUUUCUGAAUUAAAAUUAUGAACAUAUGGUCCACGACAGUCCGGAAAAUCUUUAUGGCCGACAAAAAACAAUUGCAAGUUUCCAAAUACAUGCAAAGUAAAAUUGUCGGCGACAUAGCUCAUGUAUUAAAGUCUUCUAUCACAGUUGACUCAGCAAGAAUGAAGACAUUGGUACACUUUUGCAUUAUGGAAUACAAAAGUUGGCAGUUCCUCACCCACUGCCACCCAAAUGCAGAUUAUUAACAAAAAAUGAGAGUUUGCAGAGGAAAUUAGAUCGCUUAUUGUUAGACUAUGGAAGGAGGGAAAAUCACAGCGAAAAAUAGGAGGAAUAGUAAAGAAAUCACGUGCAACUGUGCAGUCAAUUAUCAAGAAAUACCAAACCACAAAAAAAAAUUGCUGAUAAGCCACAGGACGUCCAAAUAAAAUUUUAGUAUUUCAUCAACGAGCUAUUUUAAUAACAGUCAUCCAAAAUCCUAAAAUAAGUGCUCCGAAACUUGCUGGAAUGCUGCAAAAUGAUUACAAUUUAAAAGUGGACUCUGAAACUGUUAGAAUAACCUUAAGAAGAGCUGGAUACAAUAGUAGAGUAUCAUUGAAAAAGCCCUUCAUUAGCAAAGUCAACAAGCCAAACGACUACACUUUGCAAAACUUUAUAUUAAUGAACCACAGACAUUCUGGGAAAUGGUUCUUUUUAUCGAUGAGUCAAAAUUUAAUGUGUUUUCAUCAAAUAGAAGAGUUAAAGUUUGGAGAAAGCCAAAUGAAGCAUUUAAAAAAAAAACUUGUGUCCAACGGUGAAGCAUGGUGGAGGAAGCGUUUUAGUGUGGGGGUGUAUGAGUGCUUCUGGUGUAGGUAACUUAGUUUUCAUUGAUGGAAAUAUGGAUCAAAAUGUGUAUUUAAACAUUUUAAAAAAUAAUCUGGAAGAAAGUGCCCACAAAUUGGGACUUACUAGGUCAUUUAUUUUUCAGCAAGAUAAUGAGCCAAAACAUACAGCUAAAUGUGUCAAGGAAUGGCUUAUAUUUAAAAUAGCUAAGCAACUUCAUACACCCCCA